UUUUCUUCCCUAUUUGCAUUUAAAGGGCUACUGCAAUGAAAAUAUCGACCCAGAUUUUAUUUGAUUUUCUGAAAAUUCAGUAUUUUCUGAGUGCAAUGGUAUCUUUCUCGUCGACCUUUUCAUUUUUCUUAUGGAUUUUAUUGCCUUUUGAAAGUGGGCAGGUCGUGCGAAAAAAACGCGCCAUGUGUGACGUCACAAUUAUGAUCACCUCGAUUAACUUCAUAUACAAACCACUGAUAAAUUCUGACCGGUCUGGUGGAUAAGGUGCUGAUUUUUUCGUAUAUAAAGUAUUUCCACCAAAAAGAUGUCAGAAAGUAAUACUAGUGACCAUGAAAGUAUUUCGACAGCGGGUAUUUCUUCGGAAACCUCGGAUGAAGAGAAUUACGGGGUUGUUCUUCUGGGAGCUGCUGCUCCUUAUCAAGACGAGCCGUUGGCUAGGCCAGGGGGAGGACAACAAGACAACAGGGAUGACAAAGAUGGUCUUUCUCGUGAAACGUUGGCAGCUCGUUACGAAGGCCGUCAUUUUGUUGAAGAAUGGUGCCGUUGUGGAGAAUGUCAUAUCGACUUAUUAACUGGUUCGUUGGAGUACCGAUGUUGCCGGGAAGUCCAAGAGGCGAUCGAGAAACUGGUGGGCGUUGCAGAAGACACCCGAUGUAUCACAGCGUUUGAGGGUUACAAGUCAAUGACAUGUAAUGUGGUUCUGACAAAUGUGAGCCCGUUACUCAAGGGGAGAGACGGGAAGAAAUACAAGAAAAGAGCCGAUCAGAGCGAGAAUGGGUUCAUGAGGGCUGUUGGCUACAGAUGGGUUGCAAGAUACCUGUUUGGUUACCUAGGAUGGAGCAACACUCGCCCAUUGCCUGCAUGCAUUUACAAUGAUUUAAGAUCGCGAUAUCCAACAAAUCAAUCCAAAGGUUACAUGUCAUCUCUGGAACGGGUUUGAAUAUAAUAUUGAAAAAAGUCAGCUGUUAUUCUUUGAAAAAUUUUAACUUGGUAAAGGAAGUUUAAGGUUUCUUUUCCACAAAAGGGAACUAAUAAUUAGAACAUCUAUUUGAAAGGUAGAAAUGAUAUGGUUUUCUUAAACUUUUUUCACUAUGUUCAAAUCUGAGUGUAUAAGCAUACCAAAAUCAAACAAGCAAACAGGUUAUCAAGAUAAAGCAGGUGAAGGACAUUUUCCUCGUGGAUGACCCUUCAUGGGUUGAUGACAUUUGCGACAAGUGCGUGUGCAGUGUUCCUUUUUGCUAUUCAUCUGUUGCUGCUCAUCCUCUUUAAGUUUGUAUUGCUGGUUUGCUGUAAACAUAUUGUUAAAAUUAUUGCAUCCAUGUUUUCUAGGCUACUAUGCAAGGUUCUAUGUUUAUUACCCCUAUAAAGAGUUAUGCUCCAAAUGUCACAAUAAUAUUUAACUUUCAAAUGUACAAAGUUGUUGUUUAAUUAUAUAUAUUUUUUGUUAUUAUUCAUGGACAUGCAACACGCUAAACUAUAUUUACUGUAUGUUUAUUGCAUGUUAUCUAUUUAAUUCCUAUAAAAAUGAACACUGGUAUCAAUACAAUCAGGUUUGGUAAAAACAAUUUCUAUACCAUCUGGGAAAAGUGUCGUUGCUGUCUGUUUUCUUUGAAGGUGGUGUCCGAUAGCUUCUGCCUUUGAUUUUUUCCUUUCAAAUUGCCUGUCUAACGGUUCAGGCUCAUGUUCUUUGCUUAGGUCAAAGAUGUAUUUCAUUUCUUUCAAUGUGCUGGAGAGCAUUGUAUUCUUGAUAUCACACACAUAUCCUGUCAUGUAAAGGAGUAUAUAUGUAUGAUAUUAUAUUACAGAAUACAUACAGUUUGAGACAAUUAGACAUUCAACAAUUAGAAAUACAAUGAUCACAAUUUCCCAAUGUUCUGCUUACUAUAUGUUGGUGGAACAGCUACUUCUUUAACUACUUCUUCUCCAAGCUUGAAUUUUGGGUACACAACAUUGUAUUGAAGUGAACCAUCUUGCAAUUGGUUUUGCUGUCUCAAAACAUUCUCAUUGAAAUGACAAAUGGCAAGAAUAUGCCUGAAAUGACAAAUGACAAGCUAUCAAAUUAGAUAUUUCACUGAUAUUCAAAGAAUCAUAUCACUCAAAAGUAAAUACAUAUGAAGGAAUAGAAGAAUACACAGAAGAACAAUUUUUCCAAAUAUGUUCAAAUAUCCAGCUCUGUUUUUAGGUAGAUUAUUCAAAAGUGACAUUCUUGUGAUUUUUUCCUUGAAUGACAAUGAAAAUGAAAAAAUUGAUAGGGACUUUGAAAUUUAUGAGGAAUAGUUGACAUAUUUCAUUUAUACCUGCACUUUGUACCAAGCCAAGAAAAGUGUGUCAUUUUUGGGUGCCAUUGGUUCAAGAGGGAAUGGAAUGCUUCCAGACAGCUGGUUUGUGCAUCACUUGAAAGUUUGCGUACAUCCUCAAUUACUUGAUGGUUCAGAAUGAUUGUUUUCAGACGGUCAUAUGGCUGAGUUCCUGUGGAGAAUUAGAAAACAUUUGGUAAAUGUUGUCUAAAUUUCAUUUAUUUGCAAUAUAAUUAACUAGUGUGUGCAUAAAACACUUAGAAGUUCCUUUAAUUAAAAUUAAACAUUCCAAGAACCUUUUCAAAAAAGAAAUGUUUGCAAAAAAGAUUAAUAUAUAAACAUACCAACAUAAAUCCAAUCCCGUGCCUCUAGUUCAUCAUGAGCACAUUCCUUGUAAAUUUCAUUAGGAUGAUUAUCAUGCUUGUCGGCAACGUGCCUGAUCAAUGACGCCCACUUUGCAACAAUGAGAUUACCAAAGCCUUGCUGUGUUGAAGUGGCCGACCAGUACAGGUGCUUCUUUAUUGCCUUCAUCCAACGUAAUAAAAUUUCGUUCCCUUUCUCCUGUCCCACAGUUCUAAUCUUCUUAGAAAUGCCUUUGCAGACAUGCCAAAGAUCAUAGAAAUGUGUUGUUUGUGGUUCACAUUCACGAAUCCAUUUGGCAAUGGUUCUGUGGCGGUCACUGACAAAUAUGGAUAUGUUUAAAUUGUUAUCCUUGAUAAACUUGAAUGCACGCUGUGCCCCGACUGGCUCCAUGUUGUUACU